AUGGACCACCGCCUUAGCCACACGCUCCAUAGCUAUGGUCAUCAAUUCCUGGAUGCACAUGCCAACGCUAUCCCUGGUGUGACUCGUGCGGAGGAAGGAGAAGAACGAAGUUCGCCCACCAUUGCACCCCGUCAAUUCCAUCCCGAACAUGUACCAACAACAUAUGCCCAACACCAACAUUUAUCCCCCGCACAACAAUCCCUUUACCACUCCUAUGAUGAGUUGGAACAUGCUCGUGAGAGAGCGCGAUAUGAUGAAUACUUAGAUGAACAAGACGGAGAAAAGCUCCCUCACGCAUUUGACCUCGGAUGGCGCCGCAACUUCAUACAUCUCUUCGGUGAAAACCCCUUGCUCUGGUUCCUGCCCAUAUGCAACACCACAGGCGACGGCUGGCAUUGGGAAGCAAGUUCCGAAUGGCUUGAAACAAAGCAACGCAUAGAGAACAGGAGAAUGCAGCGGUGGAGCGGGCACCAGCCACUGGACCAACUGCAUCCACCUACUGCCCCGCAACCCCCACGAUCUGAAACAUGGCAAUCCUCUGGCGAUACGUCAGCUGGAGGAUACAGCGAUGUCUCGCGGCGUCCAACCAAUAACGGAGAUUUUGACGAUAGAGGUACUCAUGUACAGCGUCCCGACACGGGGCUUUCGAUGAAAACGCUGCGGCCCAUGUCUCCCCGCCCUGACGCGGGGGAGGUGGUUUCAGAAGACGACAGCACACCCCCUAGCCAGCCGAGUGGGCGAACUAGGAGUGAAGGCCAGGAUGAAUGGCACAAUUGGGAAUAA